CUCACCACCCAGAGGGGACGGGCGCACCUGCCACCGGGAAAGACAGGCCCCUCCCAGAAGCCGAGCGCGCUCUAGCGGGGGCGGCACGCGGCCUCGGCCGGGCUUCCUCCGGGGGCGCGGGGGCGGGGCCUCCGCCUUUGUCGUGCGCGGCCCUCGCCGCCCCUCGGCUUCCUCCCGGCCCUCCGCCAUUUCUGCUUCCGUCGGCCUGUCCCGCCCCCGGGGGCCCGGGCCGCCGCCCGACGGUGCGGAGCUGAGCCGCGGGUGGCAUGUGGCCGCCCCUGGGGCCAUGGUGGCUGCUGCUCUGGCUGCCGCCCUUGGCCACACUGCCCGCAGGCGCGACGCGCCAGGAGGAAGAGGCUGUGGCCGCGUUGUCAGUUCAAAAGUGUACAGCUCUGAAGGAGAUGGAUGUUAUUGAAACUUCUGUGUCAAACUGUUAUUGCUACAAUCAAAAUUCCCAAAUGGAGUGGAAAUACAUGUGGUCAACUGUACAGAUGAAAAUUACCAGUUCAGGCCUGCUCAGUAUUGUACAUAUCACAGAAAGACGUAAUUGCCAGUAUCCAGAAACCAUUCUAUCUUUAAUCAAAUGUGUGAUUCAUAACUUUUGGACACUGAAGGAGUCUAAUGAAAUAACCAUAAUCAUCAAUCCAUAUGGGCAGACUGUGUGCUUCUCUGUGAAGCCUGUCACGAAGAUAUUUAUCUAUACAAUAAGUGUGGAUCGAAACAUUGUGGAUUUCAAACUCUUCAUUAUGUUUGUAUCAGGAGUUUUCCUGUUCUUUUAUGCAAAGACCUUGAGUCAGAGCCCUGUUUUCUUUUACUCUUUUGGGACCAUGCUAGGUGUUCUGAUGACAUUAGUGUUCAUUCUGUUGCUGGUGAAGAGGUUCGUUACUAAGUACAGCACCUUCUGGGCUUUAAUGAUUGGUUGUUGGCUUGCUUCAGUCUAUGCUGUGUGCCGGCUCAUAGAAGAUUUGAAGUGGCUGUGGUAUGAAAACAGAAUAUAUGUAUUAGGCUAUGUCUUGGUAGUUGGACUUCUCAGCUUUGCCGUUUGUUAUAACCAUGGGCCCCUUGUUGACAAGAGGAGCAUAAACCUUGUGACAUGGACACUGCAGCUCCUCGCCCUGCUUCUGAUCCAUUCCAGUGUCAACGCGCCUUGGUUCUCCUAUGCAGUCAUGAUGCUCCUCCUCUCCUCCAGGAGUCUGCGCUACCCACUGAAAGCAUUUAGAUAUAUGAGGUGGAGAAUGAAGAAAUGGUUUACCUCAGAAAAGCUGGUGUUUAAGUAUCUUACUGAAGAGGAAUACAGGGAACAGGUCGAUGCUGAAACAACCCGUGCCCUGGAAGAGCUGCGCCAGGCCUGCCGCAGUCCUGACUUCCCAUCGUGGCUGGCUGUCUCCAGACUCCAAGCUCCAAAAAAAUUUGCAGACUUUGUUCUUGGAGGAAGCCACUUGUCAACUGAAGAAAUUAGUCUACAUGAAGAACAAUAUGGUCUUGGGGGUGCCUUCGUGGAAGAACAGCUCUUUAACCUGACGACUGACAGUCUGCCUGCACAUUGACAUCAUUCUGGACAAGGAUGUGGGUAAAGGGCAGGGAUCCUAUUAAAGUUGGACAGAACUGUUAAAGGGAACUGUGGUAAAAGAAUUGCUAUGGAGAAAAAUCAAGUCAUACUGUAAGGGAAAACCAAAAUACUGAAGAUAACUUAUUCUUGGCCAGCUCUGCUACUUAGUGUACUGUAGGGAACCAAGAUUCUGUGAGUCAUUACCACUUUCCUUGAAUGAAGACUUUCAUUAGGAACAAAAGAAUCAUGUGGAUCACAAGAGGACAGUUAACAUGAAUAGAUGCCUUGUCAACACCAGGAUAUUAAGUCCCUUCUUAAUGCCCAGAACCAGUGUCAAAAGACUGCCUUGCUCUUCCCACAUGUUAUCAGUGUAAAUGCUGGGAGAGACCUGAUAUGUGCUGGACCAUUGUUUUCCCAAUUACAGUCCACAGAAUGCUCAUACAGUCAGUAAAGGGAUUCUGAGGCCAAUUAAGAUUGAUACAAAGUUAAACAAACGUACUGCAGGAGUUCUCAAAGCCUUUAAUAAUGUUAAUGCUCUUGAGAAUCUCUUAGAGAGGAGAGAUUGUGUGCAGCAGUUUCCCACUUAAUUUGACCACAGAACCCAUUUUCAUGAAAUUAAUAUUCCUUAGAACAUAUGUUUGGAAAAUGCUAAUGAUGGAGGAUUUGAGGUUUAAGGAGGUUAAAUAAUUUACCCAAAACCACAGAGCUAUUUAGAAGGAGCACUGGUGCCAGAACUCCUGCCCUGGUGUUUCCUAUGACUCAGGUAAAAGAGGCCUCUAGAGGCAAGCCGGGGGCCAGCUCCUUACA